AUGGCGGCCACUUCUAAAUAUCAACGCUCACUAUCUGAAUCCAAUAUUGAACGCGACCAUGAGCUAUAUCCUCAAAAUCAAUGUCCAGAGCUGCGGUUUUCGAGCGACUCUCGCUCACACCUCAUGAUGCAAGAUGGCACCACAGAAAACGGGUUGCCUUCUUUUUACCCCUCAGGCGCACGCGAGGAAUCAUCAAGGAAAAAGGGGGCUACGCCCAGCAUUGGGGGGGCCUGGACGGGACACCUGCAAGGCUGGAGGGUUAUUUUGUUUGGGUCAUGGUUAAAUGUUCUGCUCUUCCUCAUUCCUGUAUCGUGGACGCUCAACAUCAUGGAAGAGAAAAUUCAUAGCCUGAUCUUCGCCUUCUGCAUUUUAGCCCUUGUUCCUCUCGUCAGGCUUCACGACCUUGCGACCAAGGAGCUUGCGAAUAGAAUUGGAGGAGCAAAGACAGGAUUACUGAAUGCUAGCAUGAGUAACCUUGUUGAGAUGGUCGUCGGCAUUAGUGCCUUGCGCAAGUGCGAACUCCGCGUUGUACAAUCAUCCCUGGUGGGCUCUAUAUUAAGCAAACUUCUUCUUGUCCUCGGAUUAUGUUUUCUUGCGGGUGGAAUGCGUUUUUCCGAGCAGGGUUUUGACGCGACUGCUACCCAAGUGCACUCAUCGCUGCUCAGCAUCAGUGUUGGCGCUGUGUUAUUACCAGCCGCGUAUCACUUCGCCCUCAAUAGUGAGCACAACGCCACAUCUCCUGCCUUACAGAAACGGAGUAUUCUCCACAUGAGUCACGGCGUUUCUAUUGUUCUGUUAUGCAUUUACGCGUGCUACCUCCUCUUCCAACUAUGGUCUCAUACCCAUCUAUACAACGACGAGCAUAACAAAAAGAGCAGUCGACUUCCUGUUGCAGAAACCAUAUCCAAGGAAAGGGCAGCCCUCAUCCGGAAUGGAAAAGCUAGAAUAGCAACCUUUGUGAAGACGGAUAGCAUGUCCGAUUUCAGAAGGAUGAUCAAUAAUGACUCUACAACUUCUCUCACCCCUCCUUGGCGACCAUAUGCGUCACCACUCUCAUCGCCCUCUGAAGUGACCUUGGCAAGUCCUGGUGAGAGCGUAUACUUCUCUGCUGAGGGACCUACCGUUCGACUUCUACGCCCGCCAAACGAUCCUCGCCCAGGAUCAGUUCCCAUGUCUCGCGAGUAUACUGUGAGUAGUGGAGCCAGCACGGAGUCAAGCACAGUGUUUGGAGACGAUGAAGGAGGCGAAACACCUCGAGAACAAGCCGUGGAUCCCUUGCCGCCAAAGAAGAAGCCUCAACUCAGUUGGGCGUUGACGAUAAUUCUUCUACUCACAGUCACGGCUGCUGUGGCUGUUAGCGCUGAUUGGCUUGUCGAAUCGAUGGACAGAAUCUCAACCACCAUUAACAAGGAGUGGGUUGCCCUCAUUUUGCUUCCAGGCGUCAGUUCCAUUGCUGAAUGUUUGACUGCGAUGCGAGUCUCCGUUAAGGAUGAACUCACACUCAGCAUCGGCGUUGCCGUAGGUUCGACAAUUCAAACGGCGCUCUUCGUCAUCCCAUUCAUGGUCAUUCUCGCGUGGAUAAUGGGCAAACCUCUGUCCCUCCUGAUGGACCCCUUCCAGUCAUUGGUUCUAUAUAUUUCUGUCCAAACCAUGAAUUAUGUGGUUGCAGAUGGCAAAUCUAAUUGGCUGGAAGGGAUGAUUCUCGUUUCGUUAUAUGUGAUCAUUGGAGUCGCGUUCUGGUUUUAUCCAGGCUCUGCCCCUCUGGAGCACCUCAGUAGAUGUCCUGUUCCCACAUGA